AACACACAAAUCAGGAAAUUCUGGAAAGAAUACCUCCCCCGCCUAAAAUACCACAACCCCGCCAUCCCCAUGAUCGUCAACCGCCACGACCAGAACCAAAACCCCCCGACAAUGACAAUCUACCUCCGCAAGCCCGACUCAACAUCCUCCUCCUCCUCCUCCUCCUCCUCCUCAGCCAUCGCCGCCGCUCAGCCCGCCUCCUCCCGGACAGGCCUCUCCAAGGCCCAGCCCCCGACCCCCGACGAGCGCGUCGUCCACAUCGACAUGACCAACAAGCACUCCUCCCACAUCCUCGAGUUCUUCAUGGCCGAGACCCGCGCCGUCCCGCUGCAGCCCACAAAUGAGGAAAUCGCCGAGAUGCAGGCCCUCGAGACGCUGCGCAGGAACGCAGAGGUCGAUCGCGAGCGCAUGAGGCUGCUGAGGGAGGAGAAGAAGAGGGAGGAGGACAUGCUCAAGAGGGCGAGGGCUGCAGGUGGCAUGGCGGAGUCCGAAGAGGCGUAA